AACUCCCAAUUCCAGCCACACCACUACCAAGAACCAACCAUGCAACCUUACACCCUCCUCCUCCUUCCUUUACUCCUCUUUCUCUCCACCCCAAUCCAAUCAUUGGUCUCAAACCCACCGCCCUUAGCCAAGGUCGACAAUGCGACCAUAUACAACAUCUCAAAAAGCCCUCUGCUGGAAAUGCUUGGGCGAGUCUAUAGAGUUCCUCUUUGCUCACAACUUGGUCCGGGCAGCCCACUGGGAGAUGCCAUUAUUCUGGGAUUCAAAGCUGGAGGCCUACGCCCGGUGGUGGGCGGAGCAGAGGAAGGCGGACUGCCGGGUGUUGCACUCGUUCCCUGAAGGGGGUUUCACGUUGGGGGAGAACGUGUUCUGGGGCUCGGGGUCGGAGUGGCGGCCGGCGGACGCGGUGCGGGCUUGGGCGGAGGAGGAGAAGGACUACUCGGACGCGGCCAACGCGUGCGCGCCCGGCCGGGUCUGCGGCCACUACACCCAGAUCGUUUGGAAGAACACGCGCCGGAUGGGGUGCGCCCGGGCCGUGUGCGACCACGGGGACACGUUCAUGACUUGCAACUACGAUCCGCCCGGGAAUUAUGUUGGCGAGAGACCCUAUUAGUGUUAUUGGAUCCGAUCAAUGGCUCUGGAUCGGUUGACUGAUGUCGUCAUUGGAGUAUCUAGGCUUGUUGGUCUUCUGUUUUAGUGUAUAUUUAGGUUCUGUCUGGGAAAUAUUUGUAGCCAUUAGUCUGGUUGCAGGCACAAAAUAUUGUGGCAUAUAUGGUGUUGGGUCUAGAGUAGUAAAUUAGGUUUACUGUGGAAUAUAUUAGUCUACGAGGAUAUGACCUUAAAUGUGUAAAUUUUGAAAUCAGUCAUGUGGUCAAUCACGUCUGUUAAUGUGAUACGGUGUCGACAGCAGUUGUGAUAAUAAUGUUUUGGUGCAAAACGCUUCGCUUGCAGUCAACACCAGCAUUACAGUAAUCUAGCAUGCUACAGCUUUAAGUU